AUGGUGGGUGCGGCCACCGCUGGAUCUCGAAAGGGGCAGGAGCUGGCGGCGAUCAAUGGGGCCGCCACCGCCGUUCCGCCGGCAGGGGCGGCGGCGGGAAGUGACCCCGCCGUCGUGGGAGGUGAAGUCCUCGAGUUCAGCUCGAGGGAGGAUGUGGAGCGGCUGCUCAACGAGAAGAUGAAGGGAAAGAAUAAAACCGAUUACAAGGUGAACAUUCUUCUUUCCGACGAAAAUUUGCCCGGAUUAGGGCUCUGAACCCUCUCUGUGAUCCGUCUCCCGAGUAGGGGAAGGUUGAGCAGAUGAUGGAGUACAUCAAGAGGCUCAGAAGCUGCAUCAAGUGGUUCCAAGAGCGUGAGGAUGAACUCGUGAUCCUGUGCGAUGAGCUCCAGGGUUUGAUCGAAUCUCAUGAGAAGAGAUACGCGGAGCUCGGUAAUCAAUAAAAUACCUCAAAAUCAUAUAUCGGGACGGAUUUCCUGCAAAGAUAUACGUACAUGAAAUGAAAAAUCCCCCCAUCGUUUGCUCUUUCACAGAGGCGCAGUCGAAGGAGAGAAUAGAACAGUUGCAGGCGGCCCUCGACGAGCUGAAGCAGAGAUAUUCCUCCCUGGAGGAGAGCUGGGAGAACGACAAGAGAGAGAAACUGGUGAGAAGAGAAUUCUCCUGGGAAGGUCCGGAUUGCUCCCAUGGAUUCUAAUUCUGUCAAGCAUGCAGACUGCGAUUGAAAGCUACACGCGAGAACAUGAGGAGAGAAGCAGAAUAGAGAAGCUGAAGGAUGCUCUGGAGGAAGAGCUCAAGAAAACACAACAGGGGGCGUUCACCGCUGAACAGCAGGCAAAUGAUCAUGCUGAUGCUACUGCUGAUAAUAAUAAUAAUAAUAAUAAUAAUAAUAAUAAUAAUAAUAAUAAUAAUAAUAAUAAUAAUAAUAAUAAUACUAAUACUAAUACUAAUUAUUAUUAUUAUUAUUAUUAAAAAUUUAAGAUUUACUAGGCUUCUCCUUAUCGGUUGAAAAAUUUACCAAUUUUAAUUUUUUUUACUAGGUGAAAAGUCUCCAGGACAUCAACAGACGGCUCCAGGAGUACAGCACGAGCUUACAAGAGUACAACAGCAAGCUUCAAGGCGACGCCACUGUUAAUGUGGAGAAUAUUUCUAGGUUGCACAAGGAAAAGACGGCUAUGAUGGAGGGGUUGAGCAGCUCGAAGGCUCUGUGCAGCGUGCUUCAGGAUCAGCUCGCAUCUCUCAAGGUGAGCAGUGAAGAAUGCCCAUGUUUUUAUGUACCUUUCAGGAAUGCUUUAUGCUGGAUCCUAAGAUAUGAUUGCUACGUCUAUGGUUCCUUGUGUUGCCAUUAGAUACAACUUCGCUGUGAUGGGUAAAUAAUUUAAUUCUCUUAUUGGAUAAAUAAAGAUUUUUUUUCAAAUCAGUAAUCGUACUCUGAAAUAUCAAUUGGCAUCAAAGUAAUGAUUAAACUUGAAUCUAUAAUUUCUAAAAAAAGUACAUUUUUUCAAUAAGAUAAUUAAAUUAUUUACGCGAUGGGCAUGUUCUAAGCAGUAUCUUUUAAAUGAAAAACAUAUGUUAUGUUAUCUUAUCUUAUCUUAUCAACUUUGGAUUAGUGAUGUCGCAUGAAGCAGUGAUGCAAUCUGUUGAUGGGAUCAUGACCGAGAAUGUAUAUUGAUAGCUAGCUGGCCUGUUCCUCAUGAGACCUCUUUCAUUGCACAGACUUCUGAGCAGGCGGCUGUGAAGGAGAAGGAGGAGCUAAGGACUGACUUGGAGCAGCUCCGCGGAGAGCUGAAGCUGGUGAGGGAGGAUCGUGAUCUGCAGCUGAGCAAUGCUCAGUCCUUGGCUGCUGACUUGGCGAUGUACAAAGAUUGUACGGGGAAGUCCUCUGCUGAGUUGGCUGGUUUGGUGACCAGAAAUGAAACCCUUGAGGUGGGCCCCUACUUCCCCAAGCUGGAUGAUCUAGGAAUGUAUGCUGCACCCACUAACGCUUAGCAUACAUUCUUGAAGGCUACAUGCAGUGCACAGAGAGAUCAGAUCCAGUUGCUACAGGCCCAGCUUCAUGUUGCAACUGAAAAACUGCAGGUUCCAUUCCAUUAUGGGUUCCAGUCUUCACAUUACUCUUGAAUUUAUUUUAAAUUAUCUGGGACGUUGGAAGUGUAAAAACAUUGCCUUUGGAUAUUUAUGAUUAUAUGCAAGUUCAUUUAUUUUUUAUUUAUGAUUAUCUAGUCUUCAUAUGAUCUUUGAAUUCAUUUUUCAAUUACCCAAAGCGUGGGAAAAUACCAUAAAUCCCAAUUUUUUUAAAAAAACUCAUAAUAUAGAGAGAUGAUGAACAUGGGCAUUGCUUAUGAUUAUGCUUUGUAAAUAUCUCUUGUCAAAAAAUAAAUCUCAUAUUUGGAGUGAUGAUGAUCAUGGCUAUUAUUCUUGUUUAUUUUAUUUUAUUUCAACCCCAGCUGGCCGAUUCAUCAGCCUCAGAGUCAAGAAUGGAGUGUGAGAGUCAAAGGAGGAUGGUCCAGGAUCUGAAGAACCGGGUAUUUGAUGCGGAGCAGAAGAUUCUCGAGGCUGAGAGGCUGCGGAAGAAGAUGCAUAACACCAUCCUGGUACUCACAGCUGUCCAUCUCGUCUGCCCAUCUUUCCUCAUAUAGGCUCGGCCAUUCUUCACCCGAUCGAUCUCACGCUACAGGAACUGAAAGGAAACAUCCGGGUGUUCUGUCGGGUGCGCCCUCUGCAGAUGGACUCUGACGACAGGGAAUCGGAAACCACUGUGGUCUCCUUCCCCACUUCCAUGGAGCUCCUUGACCGGGGCAUUGACUUGCUGCACAAUGGUACCUUCCUCUUUCUCUCUCUCUCGGGUUGACCACCCUAGAUCAUCAUGCUAUGAAUGGUAAUUGACUCUGAUGCCCGCUUUGGUCAACAGGGCAAAACUAUUCGUUCACAUUCGACCGGGUGUUCAGCCACAAGGCCUCACAGGCCGAUGUUUUUGUGGAGAUCUCACAGCUGGUCCAAAGCGCUCUUGAUGGCUACAAGGUUCCUCCUCCUCACCCCCCGGGCAACAUCCUUGCCGUGUUGACCAGGAAGUCAAUGCAUGAUGAGAAAAGUCAAACACUUCCUUGUAGGUGUGCAUUUUUGCCUACGGUCAGACAGGCUCGGGGAAGACCUACACGAUGAUGGGCAAGCCCGAGGCUUCGGAGCAGGAGGGCCUGAUACCUCGAUCGCUGGAGCAGAUAUUCCAGGCUGGGCAGUCUCUCUCUUCCCAGGGUUGGAGGUAUAAGAUACAGGUUUGGGCCUAUUCUUUUCAUAUUAAAUAAAAUCUCCAGACCUUGGAAAAUUAUACAUAUAUCUAUAUAUAUAUUUCCUUGGGAAAUCUGCAGGCAUCUAUGCUGGAAAUAUAUAAUGAAUCGAUCAGGGAUCUGUUGUCGGUGAGCCGAUCCAACAGUCCAGAGGCGAGCCCGGCUACGGGGAAGCAGUAUGCAAUCAAGCAUGAUCAGAACGGCAACACGGUCGUCUCCGACCUCACGGUUGUGGAUGUCUGCAGCAUUGAGGAGGUCUCGUAUCUCCUGCGCCGAGCUGCCCAGAGCAGGUGAAUUUUCCUCUCCAAUUCCAUUUUUCUAAUUUUUAUAUAUUUUUAUUUCUCUUGAUAAUUGGAAUUGGUGAUGUGGGGUUUUGAUAUAUUUUGCGAUGCAUUCUGAAAUUCCUUUUUUUUUUUAACUUUCUUUGCAAAAUAUAUAUUUUGGAUUACUUUCUCAGAUUGUAUUCUCUGAAAAAAAUUCCAUGGGAUUAUACUUCACUGAAACAUGCAUAUACUUUCAGAGAGAGAAUAGAGAGAGAGAGAGAUGGAGAUAGAUAGAGAGAGGAGAGAGAGAGAGAUGAAUUGAUAUUUUCUUCUGUGGUCUUCUUUCAGGUCCGUCGGCUGGACGCAGAUGAAUGAGCAGUCGUCAAGAAGCCACUUUGUGUUCACUCUGCGGAUAUCUGGGCUCAACGAGGUCCCCAGCAUUCUCCAUAUAUAUAUAUAUAUAGAGAGAGAGAGAGAGAGAGAGAGAGAGAAAUAUUAAUGGAUUUAUGUAUUUGUAAAUAUAUUCUCACCCAUGGUUCGGGUGUUGAUGGCAGAGCACCGAUCAACGCGUCCAAGGGGUUCUGAAUCUGAUUGACCUGGCGGGGAGUGAGCGGCUCGGGAAGAGCGGGUCAACCGGUGAACGGCUCAAGGAGACCCAGGCACUUUCUCUCUCUCUCUCUCUCUCUCUCUAGAAAAUAUUUAUUUAUUUCUGAUCUUGGUGAGGUCCAUGCAAAUAAUGCUCUUCCCCUUCUUUAAAAAUCUCAGUCGAUAAAUCGGAGCUUGUCGGCUCUCAGCGAUGUCAUCUUGUCCAUCGCAAGGAAGGAAGACCACGUCCCCUUCAGGAACUCCAAGUUGACAUACCUCCUCCAGGUCCUCUCUCUCUCUCUCUCUCUCUCUAGGCUGAUUUGGAAAGUCAACUCAUUUGUUCGUUUGUUUUCUCGUCACCAUGGGCAGCCGUGCCUCGGUGGGGAGUCGAAGACCCUGAUGUUCGUCAACAUCUCCCCCGAGUCGUCGUCCACUGGGGAGUCAAUCUGCUCUCUGCGGUUCGCAUCUCGGGUCAACUUGUGUGAGAUCGGGGUCCCUCGGCGGCAGGCCCAAGCCCGGGGGUUUGACUCCCGGAUGAGCUAUGGUUGA